AUGUCUUUCUUACAGAAUUUUCACAUAAGUCCCGGUCAAACGAUAAGAUCCACCAGGGGUUUCAAGUGGAAUACGGCUAAUAUCGCUAAUAAUACAGGCCCUGAAUCUCCUUCCAAGCUAAAUCCGCAGAGUAAUGAUGUCAGUAACACUAACAAUGUCAAUAAUAUUAAUAAUGGGUCAGCUUUCUUCAGCACACCAGUGAACGAAUACAAUGAAAGCGACCGUGGAAGAAUUUCUCCCGUCUUUACUACACCAAAGAGACAUGCUCCUCCACCUGAACAGCUACAAAAUGUAACGGAUUUCAAUUACACUCCAUCGCAUCAAAAACCGUUCCUGCAACCGCAAGCAGGCACUACAGUUACAACGCAUCAAGAUAUCAAACAAAUUGUGGAAAUGACGCUAGGAUCCGAAGGGGUACUCAAUCAAGCUGUGAAGUUACCGCGUGGUGAAGACGAGAAUGAGUGGCUAGCAGUUCAUUGCGUGGAUUUUUACAAUCAGAUUAAUAUGUUAUACGGGUCCAUCACGGAGUUCUGUUCACCGCAAACAUGUCCCAGGAUGAUAGCGACAAAUGAGUACGAAUACCUUUGGGCUUUUCAGAAGGGUCAGCCCCCUGUAUCAGUAAGUGCUCCCAAGUAUGUUGAAUGCUUGAUGAGGUGGUGUCAAGACCAGUUUGACGACGAAUCCUUUUUCCCCUCCAAAGUGACUGGAGCGUUCCCCGAGGGUUUUAUUCAACGCGUUGUUCAACCCAUCCUAAGGCGGCUGUUCAGAGUUUAUGCACAUAUCUACUGCCACCAUUUCAAUGAAAUCCUAGAACUAAAUCUACAGACGGUGCUAAAUACAAGUUUUAGACAUUUUUGCCUUUUUGCUCAAGAGUUCGAACUACUAAGGCCAGCAGAUUUUGGUCCGUUGUUAGAAUUGGUGAUGGAGUUAAGGGAUAGGUAG